CGCCUUUGCGAUGGUAUAUAGUACACGAGAAUUUUUUGAGUCAUUGACACUUAGGCUAUUUGAUUCGUGUUAGACUGACUCUGCGGUGGAUUCCUAACAACUACAAUCUGUAAUUUUAAGUACUGACGUAGAAUGUUUGCGCCUUUUUUUAUUGCAAUGUUUGUAAACAUGGAGCCGGCUUCGUUUAAGGCGUUUUGCAGACGACGGGGCGGGGCGGGCGAGAAGCAAUAAGAGAGAGAGAGAAUCAUUGUUAUUGACCACAUUAAUAAAUUUACAAAACAACAUACAAAAAAAAAAUAUGAAAAUUUACAAUAGAGAAAAGAAAAGAAAAAAAUACACCAUUUGUGGUCAAUCAGGACCCUGCCUCAGCGUAAUGCUGCCGCAACACGCUACAAAACGUGUCACAGCAGCGCUGGUAUUCUGGCAGGGCCUGUUAUGCCGGAACUUCACAUGGCCAAUCGCAUCUGCCUCGAUAGCAGUCCCUUCCUCUCACUGCCCGUUGUGGAGACACAUCUACCAAAUAGCAAACACGAUUAGCCGCAUGACGUGCCGGCACAAGGUGCGAAAGAUUACAUUUUCUGUAAUCUGCGCUCCGUGAUCUGUGGCUGUCACUUGAUAAUUAAUGUUACUGUCAUCCAACAUACCGCACAAAAACAGUGAAAUUGAGUGUACAAACUCAGUAAUUGCUCAGCAACUUGGAUGGAAAAGGGAAGCAGCCAUAGAAUCUCGUCAGAAACGUGCACCGAAAUCACACGAUUACCAUGAAGAACCCCCGCGGCCGCCUAUCACCCGAAUAAGUUUGCCUCCAGGUACCGAAUCUAAUCCCCUUAACUUACUGUCGAGAUUGAAAAUUGGAUCUCGCAUCGGAGGAGGAAGAUCAUUCCAGCACCUGGAGUAAAAACCGCGUCUGCCCGUCGAUGUCUGCGGCUGCCCGCGCCGUGUACACAAAGCACACGACGGGCAGAGGCAGUCAGUUCAGGACGUUUGUUCUAAUGAAUAGUCCAUCACUAAAAAGCGCGUGGCGCGGACUGAGCUAACCGCCGCGCGCCGCCGUCUGCGUUACUGCUUAUAAACUGGUUUGUAUGAUCCACGGCGGGCAGCCGCGGACAUGCCUAGGGAUAUUCGAUAUACAUCGAUGCAUCGAAAACAUCGAUGUUUGCAAUGAAAAACAUCGAUACGAUCCGAUGUUUUGAAUAGCUUUCAAUAUACUCGAUGCAUCGAUGUUUUAAAGAAACAUCGAAUUGGUAAUAGAGUUUGACCACGUAGUGAUAAUGGUGUCGAUUCUAGCAUGAUUCUCUAAACCUAAACUUAAAUUUGACAGCAGUAUAUCCUUGUCAUUCUCUAUACAGAAUGAAAAGGAGAGACUGAUGUUAAAUUUAGAUUUAAGUUUAGAGAAUCACGCCAGAAUUGGCACCAUUAUCCUCUUCGGUUUGACCUCAGUAAAAAAACUUAAGUUUGUCCACUAAAAUUUUACUUAUUAUUAUUAUGAAAGCAUCAUUAUUCCGAAUUCUCUGAUAUGGACCCGAUGUUGGCAGCACUGCGCAAGAGUCAGUGCUGUGACAAUAAAAAAUAACUACGAGUUUCUAUGUUUAUAAACAUUUAAUAACCUUUAGUUUUGUGAAAGAAACUAAGAUUGAAGUAUAUUUCUAUUAUCCUUUUGACAGACUUAGCAAACAUUUUGCGGGUUAUUUAGCGUUUUUUUAUAUGAUCUUUUGUAAAAAUAUAAUGCAGAUUUUUCUGACACAUGACUUUUAUUGACUGUAUUUAGUUUUACCUACUCAUUAUGAAAGGAGUUAAUUCUAUUAUUUUAUGAAAGAUCUCUUAUCUAUUAGACAAGUCCAUCCGUCCGUCUGUCUGCGGUGCUGUUUUAGCGGCCAAACCGUAAGAGAUAGAUAAAGAGAAUAUUUAAGUUAUAAGUUAAGAAUAGUCUGAUAAGACUACAAACCGGAUUUGAGUAACGUAGCACUUCCGGUUUUCGAGAAAUCACGAAUUUCAAACGAUACCACGCAAAAUCUCCGAAGUUCUCAAUUAAUUAAAUACAUUUUUUUUAAAUCAGGUUUUAGUGAACAUUUGGUUCACUGGUUUGCUAGUUAAGAUAUAAACUAUAAUAAAAUUAUGAAUUAACUUCUUUUCAUAAACUUCAAUUGUAUUUUUUUUUACUAUGAAAAGAUGGCCUCUUUUGAGAUUGGUCACUUUACACAUAAGUUGAGUUUUGUAAUAAAAUUUCAGAAAAAGUACUCGAUGUUUAAAAUACAUCGAUGUUUUCAUCCGAUACAUCGAAUGACAUCGAUGUAUAUUUGCGAUGUAUCGAAUCAAAAAAUACAUCGAUAUUUUUUCAGAGUGGACACCCCUAGACAUGCCGCGUCGCCAGUGCCCGCCGGGCACCUGCGGCGCGGUCUUUUUGCCCUCUGUGUGCGUUUGUAAUAUAGGAUUCACUUUGUGCUAUCGUUCGCGGUGAAAUUGAUCGGCCCGCUCCGCCCCGCCGUCUGCAAAGCCCCUAAAUGUGCGAUUGGACAUGGUACCAUCUGUUUCCAUACCAGAUUCAUUAUUUGAUGUAAUGGUGACAAAAUUACUUGCCGGGCAGACAAAUCCUUCCGGCUCCGAGGGGACGCUCAUACAACUAUAAGAUUAUAAUUAAAUUUUGACUUACCCAGGCAGCAGGGACAAAAAAUACAGAAAUACACUAAAUAAAUAUACAAUAUGAAUAAACAAACCUAUCCCCUGAUCACUAUUUUAACCUUGUAAGUAAAUAUUUUCAGAAGCCAAAAGAACGAGUCCUACAAGUUGGAACUUUCCCGCGCUUUUUCCUGUCAGUAGUAGGGACACGAUAUCGAAUAGAAAGUAUCGAUACUGUACUCAUGAGUAGUAUCGGUAAAAAAGGAUCGUACUCGUAAAAGUAUCGAAACAAAAGUAUCGAUACUUCAAAGUAUUGAGUACAUUUCAUAGGGCCUUAACGGAGCCUCUGUGUUGAAAGAAAAACAAUCAAAUUUUAUUAAAGUACGUAUAAUCAAAAACAAAAAAAGGACAUGUAAAUUCACAAAUUGCUAUAUUAUAUAAUGAAAAUAAAAUAGCUGUGAUUUCUGACACUAAAAAAGUGUUCAUUAAUAUUACAUUCAUAAUUGAAAUGUUAAUUAAAAAGAUCGAAAUCUUCAAUUUAAAAGUAAUCAAUUUAAAAGUAUGAAACUUUUCAGAUUUGUUUCAAAUUAAACUUACUUUUCAUGAAUUUUAAUCAUCAAAAAACAUUAUACCCACUUAGGGUAUAAUGUUGUUAACUUGAAUCUGACACGUAGUUAACGGCUGCCAUUGGCAUGCUUCACUCAAGAUUAUAAUUAUAGAAGAGGUUACGUCCGUCUUUUUUUCAGAUGGUUUUAAAUAGGUAUACACAACACAGACAGAAUAAUAGUGUUACACUUGAAUAAAUCAAAUACAGUCAAGCGAAAAGCACAAUAAACGGCGAAUCAAUCACAGUUCCUAACAAUAUGGAUAUAUAGAUAAAUAAAUAACUAUGAAACAAAACAAAGCGCAAAAUAAACACAGUCACAGAUGGAAAAGAAUUUGAAUAUGUCAGUUACUGACUUUAUAACAACGCAAUAGAGCAUUUGACAGUAUAAAAAAUAAAGUGCCAAAAUAACGAAAAAGAUAUUAGUUUUUUUAUCUAUUGUCACGUAACCCAAAACGCUUGGGAUUGGCGGAGCCUAAAAUGACGCCACACGCAAGUAAACUUCCGGUCAAAGUGACAUUACAUUGUAUCGUUUGACGUUUUAAUAACAGUCAUGUGACGUCACACACUAGUAAGACGCCAUAUUGUCUAGAGAAACGUUUUCGCGGCAACUUGAAAAUGGAGUUUUUGAUUUGGUUAUUUUUACUGAAAUACAUGACAGAAUGAUGAAUAUCCACUUUAUACGGACUCCAUAAACAUUAGUCAAUAACGUGAGAUCGUUGCCUAAAACUUGUCAAAUACCCUAUGGAACGUUUUAGAAGGUUUGCUAUGAUUUAACAAGAUGGCGUUGCCAUCAAUAUAAGGCGCUUAUCCAAAUUUUUAAAGGUAUCGAUACUUGCCAAAAAGUACUCAUUUAGUAAAAGUAUCGAAUACAAAGUAUCGAGUACAAAAGUAUCGGUAUCGAAAGGAAAAGUACUCGAUACCACAAAGUAUCGAUACUUUUUUCGUGUCCUAGUAUAUAAUGUACUCUAUGGUCAGUAGAUUUUAGGGGUGUCCACUCUGAAAAAACAUCGAUGUAUUUUUUGAUUCGAUACAUCGCAACUAUACAUCGAUGUCAUUCGAUGUAUCGGAUGAAAACAUCGAUGUAUUUUAAACAUCGAGUACUUUUUCUGAAAUUUUAUUACAAAACUCAACUUAUGUGUAAAGUGACCCAUUUCAAAAGAGGCCAUCUUUUCAUAGUAAAAAAAAUACAAUUGAAGUUUAUGAAAAUACCUUAAUCCAUAAUUUUAUUAUAGUUUAUAUAUUAACUAGCAAACCAGUGAACCAAAUGUUCACCAAAACCCGAUUUAAAAAAAAAGUAUUUAAUUAAUUGAGAACUUCGGAGAUUCUGUGUGGUUUUGUUUGAAAUUCGUGAUUUCUCGAAAACCGGAAGUGCUACGUUACUCAAAUCCGGUUUGUAGUCUUAUCAGACUAUUCUUAACUUAUAACUUAAAUAUUCUCUUUAUCUAUCUCUUACGGUUUGGCCGCUGAAACAGCACCACAGACAGACGGACGGACGGACUUGUCUAAUAGAUAAGAGAUCUUUCAUAAAAUAAUAGAAUUAACUCCUUUCAUAAUGAGUAGGUAAAACUAAAUACAGUCAAUAAAAGUCAUGUGUCAGAAAAAUCUGUAUUAUAUUUUUACAAAAGAUCAUAUAAAAAAACGCUAAAUAACCCGCAAAAUGUUUGCUAAGUCUGUCAAAAGGAUAUUAGAAAUAUACUUCAAUCUUAGUUUCUUUCACAAAACUAAAGGUUAUUAAAUGUUUAUAAACAUAGAAACUCGUCGUUAUUUUUUAUUGUCACUGCACUGACUCUUGCGCAGUGCUGCCAACAUCGGGUCCAUAUCAGAGAAUUCGGAAUAAUGAUGCUUUCAUAAUAGUAAUAAGUAAAAUUUUAGUGGUCAAACUUGAGUUUUUUUACUGAGGUCAACCCGAAGAGGAUAUUAUCACUACGUGGUCAAACUCUAUUACCAAUUCGAUGUUUCUUUAAAACAUCGAUGCAUCGAGUAUAUUGAAAGCUAUUCAAAACAUCGGAUCGUAUCGAUGUUUUUCAUUGCUAACAUCGAUGUUUUCGAUGCAUCGAUGUAUAUCGAAUAUCCCUAGUAGAUUUGUUUGUGAAUUUUGUGAUUGUGUUGGUUUUGUGUAUGAAAUGUAUUUAUCCCGUCGUUUUUGUUAAGACUAUGAAAGAGUGGGCAAAUAUAAUCAUAAUAAUAUGGAUUGCCUCCAGUUUGUCAAUUCAACAAAUGCGGUGCUAAUUACUGAAAUUUAAAAGAAAUCUGUUAACUCAAUACUGAUAACAGUGAUGGUAUAAUUUGGUCAUCAGUUUUCCAUUGAAUUCAAUUGACAUAAAGAUGAGGAAGUUCGGUUCAAGUAAAACCUUUUCCUUGAUAAUCAUUUCUGCUUUGUUAGUCUAUUUGUAUCAUAUCACUUCCAAAACUUCCAAUACUGAGAGUUCAAGAAAACACUAUUCUAAGUUAAUGACGAUUCCUCUUGAAAACACAAUAUUGACAGACAAGAUAGUUCUAUCCUUCGUAGUAUGUGAUUCAAGAUUCAAUGAAUCAUUGAAUCUGGUAAAGUCAGUUUUGCUGUUCACUAAGACACCUGUAUAUUUUGUUAUAUUCACUGAUGAUAAUUUAAGACAUAGUUUUAAUGAAACUUUAAGCAAUUGGAAGAUAUUAUUAAAAAACAAACUUAAUUUUGAACUUCAAAAGAUUAACUUUCCAGAGGACCAUGAAGAUGACUGGAUGAAUUUAUUUAGCAAGUGUGCUGCUCAGCGUUUGUUUAUACCAAAACUGAUUCCUCAUAUUGAUUCAAUGAUAUAUGUAGAUACAGAUACAUUGUUCUUGGGUCCCAUUGAUGAGCUAUGGGGAUUCUUUUCGAAUUUUAAUUCUUCUCAAAUUUCUGCAAUGACUGUUGAAGAUGACAAUCCUAAUGUUUCAUGGUAUCCAAGAUUUGCCAAACAUCCCUUUUAUGGAAAAUAUGGACUGAACUCUGGAGUAAUGUUGAUGAAUCUAACAAGAAUGAGAAAUUUUGGCUGGGUUGAUUAUGUUACACCAAUAAUGUUGAAGUGGAAAUUGUUUAUUCCAUGGGGCGAUCAGGACAUUAUAAACAUAAUAUUCCACUACCACACGGACGCGGUGUUGGUGCUCUCUUGCCGGUACAACUACCGCGCGGACCAGUGCAUGUACGGCGACGCGUGCGCCGACGCGACCGCGCGCGGGGUCCAUCUGCUCCACGGCAGCCGGCGCGCAUUCCACAACCACAAACAGCCUGCGUUCCAGGCAAUAUACAAGGCGAUAGACGAGUAUGAAUUAGGAACAGACUCUACCCACUCUCUUUUAAACAGUAUUGAGAAAUAUUUAUCUGAAGCGCCAUCUUCCAACUGCGGUAAUCUGAAAGAUGCGUUCCUACGUGUACCAAUAAAGACUUUAAACGAGUUAUACAGUGUACCAACCAGAGUGCAGGCAGAGAUUUGUAUAAACUAA